CAGCCAGCAGUCCUGCAAUAAGGUUGCUCCUGCUAACACUAAUACAAUAGCUCAUGCUCUGAAGACCUGGUGUUAGGCCUGUCUGCUGAGGCUCAAGAAUAUACUUUCAGAUACUGUGGAUUUUUUUUUUACUGACACACCAUCCUUACUUUCCCUCAAGAUGACAAACAGCUCUUUCUUCUGCCCAGUUUACAGCAAUCUGGAGCCAUUCCCAUAUUUCUUUUAUUUAAUUUUCCUUGUUGGAAUUAUUGGAAGUUGUUUUGCAGCUUGGGCUUUCAAAAAGAACACUACCAAUCACAAGUGUAUAAGUAUAUACUUAAUUAAUCUGCUUACAGUUGAUUUUCUACUCACUCUGGCAUUACCAGUAAAAAUCACUGUUGACCUGGGUGUGGCACCCUGGAAAUUAAGGAUAUUCCACUGCCAAGUAACAGCCUGCCUCAUUUACAUUAAUAUGUACUUAUCCAUUAUCUUCCUAGCAUUUGUCAGCAUUGACCGCUAUCUCCAGCUGACACAUAGCUACAAAAUUUAUCGAAUACAAGAACCUGGAUUUGCCAAAAUGAUAUCUACAGUUGUGUGGCUAAUGGUCCUUCUUUUAAUGGUGCCAAAUAUGGUGAUUCCCAUCAGAGACAUUGAGGAAAAGCUAAAUGUGGGUUGCAUGGAAUUCAAAAGGGAGUUUGGAAGAAACUGGCAUUUGCUGACAAAUUUCAUAAGUUUAGCGAUAUUUCUAAAUUUCUCAGGCAUCAUUUUAAUAUCUAACUUCCUCGUUAUUCGACAACUCUACAGAAACAAAGAUAAUGAAAAUUAUCCAAAUGUGAAAAGAGCUCUCACCAACAUACUUUUAGUGACUACUGCCUAUAUCAUCUGUUUUGUUCCUUAUCACAUUGUCCGAAUCCCAUACACCCUGAGUCAGACAGAAGUCAUAUCUGAUUGCGCAACCAGGAUUUCACUCUUCAAAGCCAAAGAGGCCACUCUGCUCCUCGCUGUGUCAAACCUCUGUUUUGAUCCAAUCCUGUACUAUCAUCUUUCACAAGCAUUCCGCUUGACGGUCACCGAGACUUUCGCUUCACAUAAGGAGAUGAAGACAAAGGAUGAAAAAUCAAGUUGUGAAAACAAUGCAUAAGAUAUAGCAUCUUCAUACUAUUGCUAUCACUUCAUGACUUACUGGACGAUAAGUAGAAAACUACACAAAAAUAGAAAAAAGAACCUAAGUAAAAAUACAGACAUAGCAAGCAAAUGUGGCCUGGUUGACUUACAAAUCAUGUUUCUAAAUGCAUGUCAAACAGCAUUCUUGUGGUUGUUGAUGCUCCGUAACCAAUUAUUUGUACAAGAAAAUAUUUAAAGUCUUGCUAAACUAAUGUAAAACCCUGAAAUAUCCUUGAAAUUCAAAUGAGGUCUAUGAGAGAGACUCAGAGGUACUCAUUUAAUGCCUGAAAUUGACUUCUUGAUAGAAAUAUGCAAAAUAACCUCCAUUAAGUUUCUAGUCCCUCAACAACAAAAUUUAAAGCGCUUUAAGAUCACUUGGGGAAAAAAAGGCCAGUGGAUUUUUGUAAGAAACCACCAGUGCCUGAUUUAUUAAUCCAUUACUUCAGAGACAAUCUUUUAACUUACUGCUUCAUUUUUAUUAUCUAAUUAUUUUCUAACAAAAAUUUUUAUUUCCAAUAAAGGCAGGAAAUACAUAAUUUUAAUGUACUAUAUAUACUUAUAUUUCAACCAUAGAUUAUAAAGAUAUUUUACUGCUAGUAAUGAAAAAUCCAGUGACUUACUAUUUUUAGUUUGCAGUAAUAUGAAACAGACUAUGUAACAUUUUUAAAGGGAGUUGCUAAAUUAUACUAACUGCUAAAAACUACUGUUUUGGAACUAGAAACACACAUCAAAGGUACAAAAAAAUAGCAUUAAUGAAAUGGUCUUAAAAUUUACAUGACAUUCCAUUGAACCAGGCCUUGUUAGGAAGUAGCAUGCUGAUGAUGAGGUUGAUUAUCACUGGAGCCAGCAUUAAAGUAUGGGUGACCCCUGCUCAUGUGGGUUCCCAUUCUUUGAUCAAAUUCUUUGUACUGCUAGUGAUGCAAUUAAGACUUACUCAGAAUAAAAAUGGAAAAGUUCAGAUAAACAUGCAUG